AUUCAAUUGUCCUCACUCAGCUUACGAUCUAAAUACGGUUGGGCUUACUACACCACGUAGUUACGCCGUCUGUGAUCUGUGAAGUGCCUCUCUUAGAAGCAACACUAGAGAUAUGUCUUCAUUCUUUAAGAGCAAGAAAGACAAAGAUGCUAAGGCCCUGGCUGGUAGGGGACAUGCCAGAGCUAGCUCUCGCUCCCCUAUAGCAACUCAAGCCGUUCCACCUCAAGGCAACAGUCCGCCACAGACGAACGUGCCUAAAGAUCUCUGGAGCGAAGCCUUUGCCACCUUGUCCCUAGAGGACCGCAAGCUUUUACGGCCCGCUGGCGGAGAUGAGAAGCCUAGUGACUCUAUAUCACAGCGAGCGGCGGUAGAGAAUGUUAUGGAGCGUGUGGAGGUCAAGUACGAGGAAUACUGCCAGCGGGGCUGGCACAUGAGGAACGACGACACGACAAAGGCGACCAACAUACGAGUCAAAGCAAAAGAGAUCAUGUGCUCAGCACUGCAGUUUAAAGACAUCGUGGACGCAGGGCUCAAGUUCGACCCUACCGGCUACGGGACGAUUGUCUGGGGUGUGGUGUCUGGCGUGUUGACGCUGGUUCAGAAUGACAAGGAGGGAGUCGAAGCAGUGUUUAAUUCUGCUGCUAUGAUGGCAAGGUUCUUGCCGAAGUACGCCAUUAUCGAGAAGCAUUAUCGAGAUAAGCCGACCCAGGAACAGAACGCUUUCGAAGAUCAGAUCGAGCAAGUAUAUGUUGCCAUCCUUAAAUAUGCUGCGUGUGUGCAAAAGGAGCUCAGUCGAUCUGUCGCUGUCCGCGUGUUGGACAGCUUUUGGACGUUAGAUAACCAGAAUGUUAAAGUUCUAGAGGUCGAUUUAGAAGGAAAAGACAAGAUCGUAACCGACCACUCUCAAUUUGUAGCCCAUCAAUAUCGCAAGCAGGAGUUCCAGGAUCUCGAUGGCAAGGCCUCUGAAGCUCUGAAUAAGAUCGACAUCACUAUUGAGAAACUACUAAAAGCUGAGAGACUCAGUACCCUUAAGUGGUUGAGCGACACCAAGCUUACGCUUACAGACAGACAGCAGCAACUGCGAAGUCAGGUUGACAAAGCUAAUAAGAACUCUGGAAAGUGGCUACUCGAAUUGAGCAGGUAUACGGAUUGGCUUAAAGAAUCCCAUUCGUUCUUGUGGCUACAUGGUGCUUCAGGCUGUGGAAAAUCUAGCCUAUGCUCUACCGUUGUUAAGAGCCUGGUAGAAUCUGCUGAGAAGAACAGCAACAUGAUAGUCGCAUACUGGUACUUCGACAAUGCUGAUCCACCAACACAAAACUUCCAACGACUAUUACGUCUCAUCCUCCGUAGGAUCUCGGCAAAGGCUACACCAUUCCCAGAAGCUGUGCGCAAUCUUGCAAAUAAUCAUGAGCUUCUAGAUUCCUCGCCUAGUACUGUGGCUCUCAUUGAGACUCUAGAGAAGACUGUCACUGCUCUCCAGGAGGACGUGUUUCUCAUAAUAGAUGCUAUUGAUGAGUAUCAGGCGGGUAACGACACUCUCCGCGGGGAAUUUCUUGACUUUCUAGGCAGGUUAGGUGAUGCACAGAUACAGAGGUUACAUCUUCUAGUUACUUCGAUCCCUGAUACUGAUAUCAAGAAUGCAUUUAAGGGCCACCAGACGCCGCCUAUCGAAAUAGACAUUGAGAAGUCAGUCUCUGUGGAUGUUGACGCCUACUUAGAUGCAACAAUUGGAAAAUACGCGGAGACUAAGCACUGGAGCCCUGAAACCACAGACAAAAUACACAGGGCGCUUAAAGAUGACGGGAGAUUUCGGAUAAUAUCGUUGCAACUUGAUGACCUGCGGAAGUGUUUCGACGAUGACGAGAUAGAUGUCGCCCUAAAAAGCAUUCCGCGCGAUAUUGAGGAUGCAUAUCUACGAAAGCUACAGAGGGUCGCACCAAAGGAUUCGCUUAGGCUUUCCUACAUCUUCUACUGGAUCUCGGUAGCAGCACGGCAACUAACGACGUUUGAGCUCGCAGCAGCUCCUGGGGUCAAUUUAUUUAGCCCAGAAGAGCUGCUUAACAUUUGCCCAAGCAGCAUGAUUCGAAUAGAGAAGCAGAAGCCGUCAUAUGAGAACGAAACAGACCUACAGCAACAGGAAAUGCAGAAAUCGUUAAGCACGGAGACAGGGAUUAUAACAUUUGAUCAUCCCUCUGUUAAGAGAUUUUUAUAUUCCCAUGCUCUACAACAGUCUAGGGACAACCGAGUCUCGCGAUUCUUUGUAUCUGAGGAGGCCGUUAAUGCUACGUUUAUGGGUCUAAUGGUUGACUAUCUACUAGCAAUGAAGCAACCGAAAAUCGAGCCCUCGAUCUUUAUGGAGAACCCAUUCUUACCAUAUGUGGCGCAGCACUGGCAUGAGCAUUUCAAGGGGUACAGAAAUAGCCCUACCGAGGACGGAGUGCUUAAGGACAAGAUGUUAACACUGUUCGCGGAACCAAUGAACCCCGCCUUCCUUAAUUGGAUACGAGUCUGGAAUCUAGACGGAAAAAAGCAAGACUUUGGGCUCUCGCAGGAGAGCUGUCCCUCGCCGUUGUAUGUGGCUAUUUUUUUAAGAUUCGAAGACGUCUCGAGGCAUCUUAUUAAAAACCGCUCAUAUAUCAAUUGCUCGGGUGGUCUGACGCAUACCGCUCUUCAGUUAGCUUCACAGCAGGGAUGCACUGAGAUAGUACAAGGACUCAUAGCGGCCGGAGAAGAUGUGAAUAAUACUAUAGGUGAUCAGCCGACGGCACUUUAUACAGCUGUAGAAAACGGCGAUGCGCAGCUCGUGCAAACGCUUCUUACAGCAGGCGCAAGCCCAGAUGCAGAACAUGCUCUACUUGGCCCAGCACUUCAACUAGCAAGUUUCCGAGGAUUUACAAGGAUUGUCGAGUUGCUAGUUGCUUCGGGGGCCGAUGUUAAUCUUCAAAGCAUUCGCUUCGGAACGGCAUUGCAGGCUGCGGCGGCGGCCGGACAUGAUGAAAUUGUGGCCAUCUUACUUGCAAAGGGCUCUAAACCAGAUGCGGUAGGCGGCUUACUUGGUAAUGCUAUACAGGCCGCUACCACUGGAGGGCAUUCUUUUAUCGUGCAAAUGCUUGCUAAUAAAGGUAUCGCGUGGGAUGCAAAAAGAGACUCUAUAUGGCAUGAAGCCUUUGACCUAUUCGUAUCUAGGUCACCACGAACUCGAGCUAAAUUCGAACAAGCCUAUAUUUCGAAAUCCUUACUUUCUACGGAACAGCCAGUAGGCUCCGAUACCCAGCGGAUGCUAGCUGGCAUCCUAAAAAUGUUUUCUUCGCCAUCUACUACUAAUAUCGCUAAAGCAGCCAAAAUCGAUGAUGAACCUUCAUGGUUUAAUAAUGCACAAGUCAUUAGGAGCCAAAAACUACAAGAACAUGCCCGCAGACAAGGCCAAGAAGGGAUGGAAAGCAAACACUAUGUCUACAGGGCUUUGUUCUGGGCAAUGCUGUCCAAUUGCAGGACUAUUGAUAUACCCGAGAUGGAAAUUCUAGGCAUGCUCAGCCACACUAUUGCCAUACGGGCAAUAGAUCAGAAGGCAAUAGAGCAUAGCACCUCUGAUGAUGUUGCAGCAGCGAGACAUGAGUUGGUAGCGUGUUACGCGCUGGCUUUCGGGAUAGUAGCGGAAACCGGAUGGACGAAAACCAACCCAAUGCGUACGAUAGCGAUCUCACGCAUCAGAUCUGACAUCAAGACAAUGGUCGAGAGGAUUCAACAGCAGAAUGAGAGAGUCGAGGACCUCAUGAAGAUAGUACGCCUUCAGGAGCCAUCUGCAGAAGUCGUACUACUCGGUCAAAUGCAUAGUGAGCUGUUGACGAAGAUGCAAAAGGAGAUGCGUGGAUGCUUCCAGACACUCGAAGAGAGCAUGCAGAAAAACUUAGAGGAAGUGGAAAAGCGAGUCGUUGCAUCCGUUCAAGACAUAUUACCUAGUAUCAUUCGUGAGGAGAUGCGGAAAUUGCUCGCUGAGCAGAAGGGCUUAGCUGGUGUAGACAACCGUUCUUAAUUUAACUAGAUAUCGAUAGGACAAUCUUGCAUGCACAGGCAUAAAAUUAUUUUGAUCGAAUAAACGCCACACAGCUCAAAAAUAUUACAUAAAAUAAUACACGAUACUUUCUUAA